UUCGUACCCACAUCUCCAAGAGCUGUGCCAGGCCAGGGUUUGGGGUGCUGCAGAGAGAGCUUCUGUUCUGGCCUCUCUUCUCUGGCAGAGGUCGAUCCCCGGAGCUCCCACGGACCUCACACUCUGACUGCUGCCUCCCAUACCCCCAGGCAGAGCCAUCUGGGCAGGGCUGGUCAUCUCAGGCACUGUGAGGCCAGGCAAUGGCAGUGGAGUACGUCACAUACCAGGGCAUCAAGUUCCCCCCUGCGUAUAACUCUGAGCAGAGCCUGCACUUUGCCCACAAGGAGUUCCAGGUGCAGGACGAUGAUGUCUUCAACGUCACCUACCCCAAAUCAGGCACAGUGUGGAUGAUCGAGAUCUUGAGCCUGAUUCGCAGCGGCGGGGACCCAGCCUGGAACCGAACCGUCCUCAACUCCAACCGCGUGCCCUGGUUCACUACCCGUCUGGGGCUGGAGUCUGCACUGAGCUACCCCCGACCCCGCCUGCUGACCUGCCACCUCCCCGUCCAGCUCUUCCCCACAUCCUUCUUUGGCUCCAGGGCCAAGGUGGUCUACACACUCCGCAAUCCCAAGGACGUCCUGGUCUCCUAUUUCUAUUUCUCCAAGAUGUGCAGCUCAUACAAGGACCCUGAGUCCUUCAAGCAGUUCCUGCAGGACUUUCUGAGCGGGGACGUGCCCCACGGGUCCUGGUUUGAUCAUGUCAGAGGCUGGAUGGAAAUGAAGGGCAAAGAGAAUUUCUUCUUCAUCACUUACGAAGAGCUGCAGCAGGACCUGAGGGGCAGCGUGCGGCAACUCUGCCAAUUCCUGGAGCAGGAGCUGGAUGAUGGAGCUAUCAACUCGGUGGUGGAGAAUGCAUCCUUCAGGGCCAUGAAAGAGAACAAGAUGUGCAACUCGACGCUGCUCCCCAGGGACAUUAUGGAUCAGGAGAAGGGCACGUUCCUGAGGAAGGGCAUUUGUGGGGACUGGAAGAACCAUUUCACGGUGGCACAGAGCGAGGCCUUCGACAGGAUCUACCAGGACCGGAUGGGGGGGCUGACGGAGGCGUUCCCAUGGGAUUCACACUAGGAAUGAACAGCAGGAGUAAAGCAGAGCAUGGAACCGCAGGGAGCUGGGCUGAGUUAGUAGGGACAACUGUCUGCCGUGGUUCACACAGACCAUGGGAGGGCGUGGCUCCAGCCUAGCGGGAUGGACCAUGCCAGGAGCAUUGCCUGGCAUGAGUGUCGUCUGCCAGCACUGCCUCCCACACCCCUUCAUCCCACUAGGCACCCAAGUCAGCUUGGCCCUAGCCUCCUGGGCCCCAUUGCAUAUCCGAAUGCCCCUGUGAACGUGUUCAGCUGUAGCCGCCAGCCACUGCAGCUUGCUCUGUCUGUGUCUUCUGGAUUAAAGAUCCCUCAGCCCUGUGAUAUCCCCCUGAACUUUCUCAGCAACCGGUACAUGCUCAGUCACGUUCUGGGGGUGAGGGGUUGUGUCACUGCCUGCCCUGUAACUCUGGGUGCCUUAAAUGCUCUGCUGCUGAGGCUCACAGUCUGGACACCCAUAGCCAGCAGAUAAAAUCAUAGAAUCAUAGAAGGUAUCAAGCGGAGUGCCUCAAGGGUUGGUCCUGGGG